AUGGGGCAAAAGGAGACAAAAACACCCUUGUCAAGUGCUGACUGUGUCCCCCAGCUCCUCCACAGCGUGCGCGGCCUCAUUCAUUUGCACAACUUCCUAAUUUCUCUUUUUUGUUUUUACAGAGAUUUUCAAUCCCAACUGUAUCUACAAAGAGGUCCAGAUAGGAUAGGGUCUGUUUAUAAAAAGGCUUUAUAUUUUCAGUAUACUGAUGAGACAUUUCAAACCAUGAUUGAAAAGCCAUCCUGGUUGGGAUUUUUAGGUCCAAUAAUGAAGGCAGAGACUGGAGACUUGGUGCAUAUAUAUGUAAAAAAUUUUGCAUCAAGACCCUAUACUUGGCAUACUCAUGGACUCACCUAUACUAAAGCAAAUGAAGGUGCUCUCUAUCCUGAUAAUACCACGGGCCUGUAAAAGGAAGACGACCACAUGAAGCCAGGGGAAGAGUAUAGUUACCAGUGGUAUGUAGAAGAAAGUCAGGGACCCGGCCCCAAUGACAGUAACUGUGUGACAAGGAUUUACCACUCCCAUCUAGACACUGUGAAAGAUGUGGCUGUGGGACUUGUUGGACCAAUUCUAACUUGUAAAAGAGGGACACUGAAUGGAGACAUUGAAAAAAAUAUCGACAAGUCUUUUGUCCUGAUGUUUUCUACAGUUGAUGAAAAUCAUAGCUGGUAUAUUGAUGACAAUAUUAAUACAUAUACCAAGCCUGGCAAAGUUAACACUAGCGAUCCUGGCUUUGAGGAGAGCAAUAAAAUGCCCGCAAUAAAUGGAUACAUGUAUGGAAAGCUGCCCAAUCUCACCAUGUGUGCAGAAGACAGAGUCAAGUGGUAUUUUUUUGGUAUGGGUGGUGUGUCUGACACACACCCAAUCUAUCUCCAUGGACAAACUCUGACCUCUAGGAAUCACAGAAAGGACACCAUCACUGUCUUCCCUGCCUCGAUGGAAGAUGCCUUCAUGGUGGCCAAGGGCCCUAGGGAGUGGAUGCUGGGCUGUCAGAUACAUGCAUCCAUUGCUUUUAUAAUCAGAAACAAUUGUAAGCAUUUUAAAUCAGAUGUGUGUAGACCCUUGCUUUCUUUCCACAUCAUCACUGUAAAUAUAAAAUUUUUUGUGUACCUGCUUUCUCUGCACAGUGAAUCCAAGCUAUACUUUGAAAAAGGUGCUACCAGAAUUGGAGGAACUUACAAAAAACUAGUUUACCGUGAAUACACAGAUGCUUCCUUCGAAAAACAGAAGGCAAGAGAAGAGUAUCUUGGAAUCCUUGGCCCUGUCAUUAAGGCAGAAGUGGGACAGACCAUCAAGGUCACUUUCCAUAACAAUGCUUCCCUGCCGCUCAGCAUUCAGCCUCAUGGGCUGCGUUAUAGCAAGAGCAAUGAGGGCUCAUUCUACAAAACACCUGGAGAAAGUGUCCCUGCACAUUCCUCACACGUAAAUCCAGGCACAACAUUUGUCUACACAUGGGAAGUUCCCACAGAUGUGGGUCCCACCUCCACUGAUCCCGACUGCUUGACUUGGCUCUACUACUCCUCAGUAGAUGAGGAAAAAGACACCAACAGUGGCCUUAUAGGACCUCUUCUCGUGUGCAGAAGUGGAAGUCUUGGAGAGGAUGGCAAACAGAAAGUAGACAAAGAGUUUUACCUGCUGGCCACAACAUUUGAUGAAAAUAAAAGUUAUUUCUUGGAUGAAAAUAUCAUAACAUUUACCACAGAGCCUGAAAAUGUGGGUAAAGAGGAUCCAGACUUCCAAGACUCUAACAAGAUGUAUUCCAUAAAUGGAUACAUGUAUGGAAACCUGCUUGGACUGGAUAUGUGUGUGGGAGAUAACAUUUCAUGGCACAUUCUUAGUGUUGGAUCAGAGUCAGAUUUACAUGGGAUAUACUUUUCAGGAAACACCUUCAUUUCUUUAGGAUCAAGGAUGGACACUGUGACGGUGUUUCCCCACAGCUCCCAGACGCUGUCUAUGACACCUGAUUCCACAGGGAAGUGGUGGAACUUCUCUUUCAGCCUGAAACACGUCCAAAUCAUCCAGAAGCGUGGUCUUGACAUACAUUCAGUAUUCUCUUCGUACAGGAAAGAAAAUUGAACUGAUUCAAACAAUGCUUGAAAAUCUCCCUCCACCCUGUUUUAUUUAGUUUCUAGGAUUAUAACUCUGUUUCAUUCGUAGUGUAUCAUUUUCCU